GUGCUAUCAUAUUGACUGGGAAUGAAACAAAUUCUACAACACAGAAAUGGUCUAUCACCGAGGAUAACCCACGUGUUUCGUUAGAUUUCAUUAACAACAGUUAUCAAAUAGGAUUGAUUAGACCUGUGGAUCUGGAUGUUGCAAACCUCGGCGAUGUAUGUGAUUCUGGGCUGCAGCAAUUCACACAGAGGGUGUCGUGUAAAAAUAAUGAUGGAUCACCAGACGAUGAAAAUAUAAUGUUUAGCGUCAAUCCAGUGAACGAAUAUCCACCAGUUGCUGUCAAAAAUAACACUAUCAGGAUACAGGAGGACAAAGGACCGACUCCAAUUUACAUUGCUCGUAUGCUGGAUCUGUUUCAAGACCGUGACUGUCCUAGGGUCACCCCUAUAGUCGGCAUAUCAAAGACUACUGCAGGGACAGAUGUUAGCGAGUAUUUUACUGUUAACACCACAACAGGAUUUCUGUAUCAAAUGAAGAACUUUGAUUACGAAGACACCAGAAUCCAGUGCGGUUUGGGGAAAGGUGGAGGAACCUUAAAUAUCACUGCUGAGGACGGUCCACAUACCGUGUUUACAAUCCUGAAUGUAAACUUUACUAACGUUGAUGACACUCCCCCUGUGUUUGUCAGAGAUAAAUGUUCCUCUACCUGCUACUCUUGUUCAGUUCCGGAUAUUUCUGUUACCAUUGAUUACUUCGAUCAGGGUAUUAUCAAAACCGAACCCAACAGAAUAAAGGCUAUAGACCCGGACACUUCAUCGUCUAAUAUCGCGUACAAUUUAGAGGACAAUACAAAGUUUGAAUAUGGAAGUUUUAUCCUCAAUCAGUCUUUUGCAAACUUCUCCAACUUCGGUGAAUCUUCGGACUUUGAUGUGGCGGUACUUCUGCAGGUUUGUUAUCUCUUUAUUUCAGUGAAAAUAUUGUCACAGAUAGUCGAGCAGGUUUACCUUUUUACAAAUUUUAAAUAUAACUCGAAUUCUUGUUUCGUUCUUACAAUUUACAUAUUUAAUAAUUUAUGAUAAAAUGUACAAAGUCAUUGUGAUUGCUGCUGUUGUCCUGGUGACCAGUUGCGCGUCUUGCUUUCCACUUCACAGGCUGGAGGAUGGACUAUAGGUUUUAAGGGUGGCGGCCUAUAUACUACACUCCAAGGGCGAUAUACACUGGGCAACCUCACUGUCGUACACCAACUUUGACGUAUGGCUGGAACCUGCUC